GCACCUAUCUCGCGCCUUUGCAUCGAGGAGACCCAUCUUGCCUCGCGCACCGCUGCAGUGAUCCUCUGCCCGCGCGCUGUCUCCGUUGUUGUAGUAAAUAUAAUGGCGGCCUCGGGAGGCGGAUUAUCGUCUCCUUCCAGUACCGCUGGGCUGAGUUCUCAGGCACCGCCGGCCCGGGCUCGCUUCCCAGGUCGUCCGUUAACGGGUCGCAGCAGGCUGCGCUCGGAAAAACGGACCAGACGCGGAAGAUUGGGCUCGGACUACGGAGAGCUGGUCGCAGCCGGGCCGAGGCCCGUCAACACCGGCCUUGCGUUCGGCGAGGAUCCGUCCCUGCUGCGGCUGCUGGGGGUGGCUGAGAAGCACGGUCGGCGGAGGGAUGUGGGCUUCGACUCCAGCAAUAGCGAGGAGGAGGAAGAUUUUACUGGUUUUGGGAGCUCAAGAGUUUGUCCACCAAAACCUAAAACCUCUUUGUCCAAGAGAUCGGUGAGCCAAGCCAAGCCGCCUCAAGCUUCAGAUCCGGUGCUGGAAGCAAAGCCUCUUAUUGGAAAAAUUAUUCCCAAGACCCCAAAACCAAGUCUGAUUGGGAAAAUUGUACCUAGAAUUUCCAAGGAAGGGCUGGAUGUGAAGGAGAGCCCAACUAGAGACGAAGAAUUGCCAAAAGUGGUUAUCAAAGUGCACAACAAAGGGACAAAAGCCAAACAUGUAGAAAAGCAAAAAUCGGCAGGAGAAGGAACAUUGAAGCAAAGAGCAACCAGAUCAGGAAGUGAUGCUAAACCUCAUGAAACUGAGUCGAGUGUAUCCGAACCGGUUGGAGAUGAAGAACAUUCUGACUGGACGGAUCAGGCUGAAGGAGAAGUGUUGGCGGACUUGGAGACGUCUCAGGCAAAAGGAUCUGAAAAGCUUAAAAGCGGUUUUCAAAUGGGCCGGGGCGCCGCCAUCUCCUUGACGUCUUUUCACAAACGUCAGAGGAUGAUGAGGAUGGUUAAAGGUUUGGGUUCGUCUCCAGAGGCGGCAGCCCAGAGUGAAAAAGAGGCGGGAGUGUCGCUCCAGAGCAAAGCCGCAGAGACUUCAGGGAAGAGGGCCCACAGACGGCAUCGAGGCAGAUUUUUGUUCGGAUAUAGGCGCAAACAAUCAACGGAUGCUUCUGUUAACAAGCGGCCGAAAAUCGCUCGGGUUCGGACACGGCAUGUGUUUUAUACCUACAUGCCAGAGCCGCUUCCAGCUGUGGACGGUGUCGAAUCGCAGGGUCAGAGCAUGGAGCCACUGGAGGACGAGACAAAGCUAUCACAAAGCUCUAACAGCUGUACGACUGUAACGAGUGGACGGUCUUCCCGCGUUAUCAAAACCCCAAAGAGAUUCCUUAACGAGGAAAUCAUCCCGUUUCCAAAGGGUUCACUGUCAACGUGGCUGAAAAGUCAGCAGAAGGAUGACACAAAAUCCACUCUGUCCCUCAACGAAUCAGGCUACGACGGUAGCUCACAGUCGCUAGACAGCUACCCCAAGUCGGUGUUGGACAGCUCGUUGCUUGAAUCAAGGAUCUCAUCCAAACCCAGUUCAGGCGCGAGUCACGUCGAGAUCUACAAAAACUUGAAGAAGCUGACAUUAAAACUGGCAGAGAAAAAGAAAAGCCAGUCAGGUUUUCAGGAGGACCAUGGAGACCAGGACGACGGUUUGACUUUCCCAAACAGGAAGAGACGGAGGUCCAAGAUUAUGAUGGAGGAAAUGGACUCUCCAGGAGUUGUGAGGAAAGUGUCUGUGGUGGUCAAGGCAGGCGUGGAAAUUCCUGAGGAAACUCCAGCAGAAGACAUGGAGAAUAACAAAGCAGCAGUGACGGAGGAGCCCAGUUGUGAUGUGCUGGAAGUGGGUGGGCCGAGCCAUCGGCUCGGUCUCAGUGGAGCUAAUAAGCGGAUGCUGCACUUGCUGAAGAAAGCCAAAGUCCAGCUCAUCAAGAUUGAUCAGCAGAAGCAGCUCAAGCUGUCACAGUUGAGCUCAAGGGAACCACAAGUGCCAGUGAGUGGAAGGAGGAGGAGAAGGAGGAGAGCUGGCCUUUCUCCUAAAGAGUACAGUCCCCAGGAGCAGCCGCUCGGCGGUCCCAGGAUCAAGCAUGUGUGCCGGGCGGCCGCCGUGGCUUUGGGUCAGCCCCGUGCCUUGGUGCCGGAUGACAUUCCCAGACUCAGUGCUCUACCGCUUCACGAGAGGGAGGGCAUCACCUUCUCCCCCGCUGCAGAAGAUGUGGCUGAUGAUGAUGACGAUGAUGGUGACAUCUCUGAUCAGGGCAGGGCACAGUGGGCUGUCUCUCAGGAAAGCAUCCAGCGCAGGAGACGGAAAAAGGGACACAAGUUCAUAAGGAGGAGGAUUCUGAGUCAGUAUUUACCCGGAGGAGUCCGCUCCAGGCGCUGCGGCGUCUGCACAGGCUGCCUCAUCGAGGACGACUGCGGCGAUUGCAUCAAUUGCCUGGAUAAGCCCAAGUUCGGCGGGCCCAACACCAAGAAGCAGUGCUGCAUAUACAGGAAGUGCGACCGAAUCGUGAAAGCAAAGAUUCACCGCACUCUAAAACCACUAAAACUCCGGUCGAGGUUGUAUUCAGGCUCAGCGUCUGGCAGUGAUGUGAACGGCGGCGAAGAAUCAACGGCGCUCGGAAUCAGGAAGCAGUCGCUGCGUAAAAUCAAGCCGCGCUCCUACAGCAGGUUGCUGAAGUCCGAAUCCGAGGAAGAGGAGGAAGAAACGGAGAACAAGGCGGGCAAUCCGAACGCAGCUGCUUCGUCACGCCAAGAUGGUGUUUUGCAGCAGGACGACCAGUUCACUGACUCCAGGAAUCGUCGGGGAUUCCCCAGAAGACAGAGACCGUACAAGGCACAGGAGAACGCAGAAGAGACACAGCGCAGAGAAACUUUCCCCGAAUCCGGACGGGCCGGGAUCCCAGUGCCGACGCUGCAGAAGCAGCUGCAGAUACACUUGUACCGUCUGCCUGCGUACAUCCUGAAGACUGGCUCCCAGUCUUUGCCGUGGCAGAUGCCUCGGUUUGUGGAGCCUUUAACGCAGCCUCCUGUUUCACUACCACCGCGUAACGGCGCAAACUCUCCUCCAGGGUCGCUGCAAACUGAAAUGCACCCUGCGUCUGUGUUGCCAUCACCUCCCAUUGCAGACACUCCACAGAAAUCUCCACCGUUAUGUUUGCCUGCACCUCCUCCAACUCAACAACACCAAAUAGCUGUGGCAGAGGUUUUGCCUCAGGCGUGUUCUCAGGGAUUUGAGUCGGAAGCGAAGCAUCCAGGCGCUCUAAUGGACGUUUGCUCGGCUAAAGCAGAUAAAACUUUCCCAAAUCUUUCCUGGACUUCUAGUCCAGGCAGAAAGUUACAGAAGCAACAGGAGCAGGAAGAUACACAUCGGGUGCAGCAUGAAGAGGACAAGGCGGCGUCUUCUGUAAAAGCGACCAAGCUGCAAAGCUGUCCAACAACUGAUCCACAAUAUGUGCUUCGUUCCCAGAAUCCUCCUGAAUGUGCAUCAGUGAACACGCAGACAGGGUUAACUAACGGCUUUCCCCAAAAGGGCGUGUUGCAGCACAAGCACAAGAUCCGUGUAGACUUUAAGGAGGACUGUGCUGUCCAGAAUGUGUGGCUCAUGGGCGGCCUCAGCGUUCUCACCUCCGUCCCAACCACUCCUCAGCCGGUCUGCCUGCUUUGCGCCAGCAAAGGGAAACAUGAGAUGAUCUUCUGCCAGAUCUGCUGUGAACCUUUCCAUGAUUUCUGCCUGACGCCUGAGGAGCGCCCCAAGGAGGAGGCCAAGGAGAACUGGUGCUGCAGACGCUGCAAGUUCUGCCACGUGUGCGGACGCAGAAGCAAGAGGUUGAAGCCCGUCUUACAGUGCAGGAUCUGCCAAACCUGCUACCACCCAUCCUGCUUGGGACCGACGUACCCGAAGCCAGUGACCUCCAAAACCCCCUGGGUGUGCAUGACGUGCAUUCGGUGUAAGAGCUGCGGCGUGACUCCAGGGAAAACCUGGGAUAUGGCCUGGAACCACGAGCAUGACCUUUGCCCCGACUGCACCAGCCUCAGUGAGAAAGGUAAUUUCUGCCCCGUCUGUCAGAAGUGCUAUGAGGGAAACCAAACCUCUGAGAUGAUUCGAUGUUCAGAGUGCAGCCACUGGGUCCAUUACGGAUGUGAAGGAUUAUCAGAGGAACUUUUUGGGCUCAUGUCCAGUCAGCCAGAUAAAGUGGACGUCACCUGCACAGCCUGCAGGGGGCGCCACGCAGACAGAGGCAGCGUGAAGGAGGUGCUGCAGAGCAAGCUGCUGUCUGGUCUGCAGGAGGUUCUCAGUGAGCUGCUCUCCUCCUGCAGCACUCGGCACCUCCUGCUGUGCAACCAGUGUCAGGAGUCAAAGGAGAGACACGUCUCCGUCAGGACGGAGAGACAAGUCUGUGAUCUGAGAGCCGUGGAGGACAAAUUCAGAGAGGACGGAUACACGACGAUAAAAGCGUUUCAUUGUGAUGUUGCUGCUGUGAUGAGAAAAUGGCUGAAGGAAGAGGAAGUUCUUCCUGAGGAUCAGAGGCCAACGAAUCGGUCCAAAGAGCGCUACGUUCAGGUUAUGAAACAGGUUUUCAGCUGGUUUUCUUCGUGCCAUCACUUCUCUGAAGAGUUGCCAAGUGGCAUGCUUCCCGAGGCCGUGCUUCCUCCUUCGAAGGAGCACAGCUACGCUCAGUGGAUGGAGCGAGCGUACCGCACCAGGGAGGCUCAGACCGACGCCACGCCGCCAUCGGUCGCUACGUGGGACGCUCGUUCUACGAUCGACGCCCCCGAGUGUCCGCAAGAUACGACUAAGAUGAAGGAUUUGAGGCAGUGUGCUCUGUGCCAGCAAUAUGGAGACGCUGCUCCCAGCGACGCAGGGCGCCUGCUGUACUUGGGGCAGAAUGAGUGGGCCCACAUCAACUGCUGCUUGUGGUCUGCAGAGGUCUAUGAGCAGAACAGUGCUCUUCUUCAAGUGCACAGUGCUGUCUCAAGGGGGCGCCACUUGCGCUGCGAUCUUUGUGGACAGUGUGGAGCCACAGUUGGCUGCUGCCUCGCCACCUGCUUGAGUAAUUACCACUUCAUGUGCGCUCGUACAGACGAGUGUGUGUUCCAGCAGGACAGGAAGGUGUACUGCUACAAACACAGGGAUCUCGUUAGCGCAAAGAUGGUGUCGGGGAGCGGGUUCCAGGUCCCUCGCCGGGUCUAUGUGGACUUUGAGGGAAUCAAUCUGAGAAGAAAGUUUCUUACAGGCCUUGAGCCAGAAAGUAUAAACAUGACAAUAGGCUCUCUACAGAUCCAGAAACUCGGUGUGUUGUCAGAGCUGUCGUCAAACGGGAGGAUGCUUUAUCCUGUUGGUUAUCAAUGCUCUCGGUUGUACUGGAGCACAGUGGACCCCCGCAGACGCUGUAAGUACACCUGUAAGGUGACAGAGGUGAGCACACCUCUACCUGGUGAGGAACAAGACCUGAGGAUGGACAGAGAGGAGAACCACACCAUAGUCCACAGUCCCAGUCGCCACCGAGAUGUGGAGUCUCCAGAUCGCUUCAGCUCCUCUUCCAGCCCAGUAAAGUCCACAAACUCGUCUCCAAACUCUAAAACGCACCACACACCCGGGCCUAGGAGUCCAGGUUACACACAGACCAGAAGACCAGCAGGAGGAUCAUCACGACCGCUCCCGUCUCCUGGAGUUGCUUCUUACAAGUCUCAUCACAUCCUCACCCUGAGGGACCUGGACGACACCAGGCGGCCUCGCAGGCUGUCCUCCAGGAGCCGCCGCAGCUCCUCGCCGACAGAAAACAACCCGUCUGUGGCGAUGAGCGUCCGCCCCGGGGGCGCUGUCGGCUCCCGAUGCGCUCUCUUCAGCUCCCCUCCCAAAUCGACGACCGUUGGAUCGGCCUCUCCUCCGCUUUCGAGGCAAAACUCAACCUCUCCUGUGUGGAACUCCCCUCCGAGGUCCAGCGUCUGUGGAGGUUUUUCUCCUCGCCAAGGGGGCGUCUCCCAUUCCCCCAGAGGAACCCAGAACUUUAAAAUCACUGCUCCGGUGACGGUGGAGGUCCCACAAGACUUCCUGGCGUCAUCGGAGGCAGAAGACGCCGCUGUUGCCACGACGAACGGGAUCUCGCUCGCCCCCGACAACCUGGAGGAGGAAGUGGCUCAGCUGAUGUCUCAGGAGCUGCCGUACACCGUGUUCGACAGCGACGCGGACGUAGUCGUGGCGUCCAUGCUGGGCACCAAGCUGGAGUUCGACGAGGCUCUCCUCUCCGAGAACGUGGAUCUGGCCGGCGGUCAGGCGGAAGUCGGGCCGCGGGACGUGGAGAUGCGAGAAGACGAUCAAGGGAACAGCUCUGAGGAUGAAGACGGCGGAUGUUACUCUAAGAUUUCACGUACGGUGGUGUGCAACGCGGCAAGCGGCUCUGACGCCGCCAAUCAACCCGCUGCAGCUCAGUCGAUCUCCCAGUUAGACGGGGCGGACAGUGGGUCGGAGACGGAGGACAUAGAGGACAAAAAUAAACCUCGCAGUGUUCAGGGAACACCUACGAAACAUCUGACUGUCGCACUGCAGAGGCUGGAGUCCAUCUUCUCUCUGCCGAGGCAAAUGUCCAAACUGGAGGAUCCGGAAAGUUCUUCCCCUCCCGUUUUCAUGGAGCCCAGUUCCAUGUGCGAGGAGCUGUGCCUGCAGGAAGAGGAAGUCCCGCUGUCUUCCGACAGUCCGACGUCUCAGCAGGAACUGCUGCUGGAUCCGAUGUUGGGCCAUUUUGUUUCAGCUAAAGAUGGCCAUGUCGUCAACUCAAACAAGGGCGCCCCUCCCGACAAAGACGAAACCUCAUCAAAUGAUUCGACUGAUGUGUUCAAAGACGAUUUAAAAGAUCCAGAUUUUUCUCCCAAAUCCGAAACCAAAACGAUGCCGAAGAAAACGAUCGUUGUAAAGAGGAAGCUGUCCGGCGCCUCCAUGUCCAAACCUCUGCUGCCUAAACAAUGUCUCCAGCUGAACCCCAACAUCACCCUCAUCGCGCCUCAAGUCAGGCAGACCGUCAACAUCGCCUCCGUUUCUCCGUCUUCCACCACUUUGUGUGCGGUCCCGCAUCCCGUCGCCUCGCCGAUCAUCAUCAACGGCUUGAACGCUCUACCCAUCCAGCCCGCCGCCGCUCCAGGACGAUCCAUUACGAUCCGAUUGGACGCCUCCAAACCGGAGGCGUCGCAGCAGCAGGCGGCGGUGGUGAACUCGCCCAGCCCGCAGACGACUGUCCGUCAGGUGCUGCUCGUCAACCGACAGGGGCAGAUCCUCGUCAAAGACCCCAAAUCGAACACUUUCCAGACGCUUGCCGGAAACUCGCCGACUUACAGCAGAAUUAGCCAAAUCGCCAAGAUGCUCCACAGCGGAGGCGGUUUAAAUCCGUCGGUCCCGCGUGUGAUUUUAAAACCUUCCCCCGGCUCUUCGGAUCUGAACGUCUCUCCUCCUGCCAACCACGUAACCCCGGAGAGAAAAGUCAUUGUCAAAGUGCUGCCAGUGAAACACGUCGUCUCUCCAGCUCCUUUAGUUCCCGUCAGCGUUCCGACUUUUACUCCAGCCAGUUUCUCCAAGAUGGAGGACCUCACCACCCAGGCCAUCAUCAACAGAGCGAUGGCCACGGAAAUGGAGGCGCCGCGGCCAGCGCCGAUCAUCCUCAACAACAGUCGCAGACAAAAGGCCAGGCAGCGGCAGCCAUCGCAGCUCCCACACACUCAGGAGUCGGAGCAGUCAUCAGUGGGGCAUUCGGAGUCGUCCAGAAGUUUCCAUGGCGAUCCGUCACCCCACCAAAUCAGAGUGAAGAGAGCGUCUGCGCUUUCGGAGAGGCAGUCCAAGAAGAAGUCAAAGAUUGACUUCUUGAAGGAUCCGUCGAGUGAAAUGGAGGAAAUUCAGGAAGCAAGACCCGGCGGUGUCAGAAUGAAAGCUCCAACAACAAACGACGUUAUCGAUCUGAACCAGGUGAAGGCAACUGAGCCGAUGAAGAUCACCGUUCCUCCUCCUCCUCCAGCACCAUCUACUUUCAGGCGUCCUCAGGCUGAGAGUUCGGCUCCAUCGUCCCGACCCGGCGGUCCCUCACGCUGCAGAACCCACAUGUGGGUCAGCUCUCGACAUGGAGAGCUUUCUGAGUGGGCUCCCUAUGCAGGUUUCAGCUCGGAAGACGACGCUCCUGCACUCAAAUACAGGAAGAAGACUUGCAUGAAUCAGCCUCACCUGCGGUUUGAGAUCACCAGCGACGACGGCUUCAGCGUCAAGGCCAACAGCAUUGAGGUGGCGUGGCGCGCCGUGGUCGACGGCGUCCUUGACGCUCGAGCGGACUUCCACCUGAAGCAGCUUCCUCUGGGCGUGAUGAGCGGCCAGCGCGUCCUGGGCGUCGUCCACGACGCCGUCACCUUCCUGCUGGAGCAGCUAGAGGGCGCCGCCGACUGCAAGCGGCACCGCUUCCGCUUCCACCGCUGCGACGACGCCGAGGAAGAGCUUCCUCUCAACCCGAGCGGCUGCGCCCGCGCCGAAGUUUACACACGGAAAGCAACGUUUGAUAUGUUCAACUUCCUGGCUUCGCAGCACAGACCGCUCCCAGAGUUUAUCGCCCCGUUCGAUGAAGACGAUGAUGAAUUCCCACUUAAAGCCUCCAGACGAGCGACCAGCAGCGAGCUUCCCAUGGCGAUGAGGUUCAGACACUUGGAGAAAAUCUCCAAAGAAGCAGUGGGCGUUUACAGAUCUCCGAUUCACGGCCGUGGACUUUUCUGCAAGAGGAACAUCGAUGCUGGAGAGAUGGUGAUCGAGUACGCCGGCACCGUCAUCCGAGCCGUCCUGACCGAUAAACGGGAGAAAUAUUACGACAGCAAGGGCAUCGGCUGCUACAUGUUCCGCAUCGACGACUUCGACGUGGUGGACGCCACGAUGCAGGGCAACGCCGCUCGCUUCAUCAACCACUCGUGCGAGCCGAACUGCUACUCCCGCGUCAUCAACGUGGACGGCCGCAAGCACAUUGUCAUCUUCGCCCUGAGGAAGAUCUACCGCGGCGAGGAGCUCACCUACGACUACAAGUUCCCCAUCGAGGACGACGACAACAAGCUGCACUGCAACUGCGGCGCCAGGCGGUGCCGCCGAUACCUAAACUAGCAACUCUAGCCACGCACAUCACCGCUCUGUCAAGAAGAAGCCAUCUUCUGUGGAGUUUAAUUUAUAAACAAAUCAUGGGCAGGUUAUCUUCUCAUGCCUUUCCUGGACAGUUGUAGCGUUUGUUUCACGCUCUUUCAAGGUGUCUUUAGCCCGCAGACGGAGCUCACCAGCAGCGGGAGACGGAGCCGUCGGCAGAACGAGGAGGAUUCAUUCAGCACCUUACUUUACACGACCUCCUCAAACGGGACACGGCUCCACUUCCUGUCACACCCAAAGCACCUUGUGUACAUUAUAGAGCAGCUACAUUUUAACUCUUCUCCGGAGAGCAGGGACUUCAAUGUUUUAGGUCUUGCUGUUAUUUAUCCCCAGAAUGUUAGUUUUAAUAGUCCUCCAUCAGUGCGUCCCGCCUGCAGCCAGUUAAAUAUUUCUACUUUUAUUUGUGAUGAUCCGAGUGCUUUUACCCCGCUGAUGUUUCUGUUUAUCUUUUUUUUCUGUGUGCAUUUUAAGGCUGAUGAAGGAGAAUUUUCUUGUUGCAGGACUCGCUGAUCCUGCCGUGCAGUCCUUUCUAAAUCUUUUUGUAUAUUUGAACAAUAAAUGUCUAAUCAACCAACUAACAGAAAUGCGUUUGGGCUUUUAAACAGCUGGAGGUGGAUGAACAGGAAGGACGCUGUUCUCGUCUCUCUCAGGUGUACUACCUCUAAGGUUUUAUAGAGCAAGGUUGUAUUUAAUAAAACGUUUAAUGAACACAGAUUCCUCAUUGUUAAAUCUUUCAGGACUAAAAAAAAGCGUAAGCUACUAUUAUGAACACAAGUUUGCUCUCAUUGAGAGAACGGAUGAAGUCACUGGUUUGUAAUCGGUUUUUUUUUUUCUCCUUUAUGUUAGAAAUUUCAAUUCAAUUUCACAAGUUACUUUACAGGCGGAUUAUGGAUCCUGUAAAUAGUUGUAUAAAAAAAUUUCUAAACCUGUUACAUAUUUUUUUACCUUCAUUUUUUUUUUUUUAUUUAUGUUGAAUAAAAAUUUGUU